AUGCCGCACAGCGACGACUUCGGUAUCGACGAAGACGACACGCUGUUUCUGGCUGCAGCUACACAAGUUGAGGCAUCUCAGCACAAUGGCUUCGCGCCAUCUCCCCGCCCUACCAAGCGGCGGCGAGUGAGAAGGAAAGGUCCACCACACCUCGAUGGGGCGAGCUCUCGGGAAGUGGAAUGCUCCGAGACGGACGAUGAGGCUCCCAGUCCGCCCAAGUCUUCGUCUUCGACACAUAUCCAGUCCACCGCCGCACCCGACCAGGCAGAUGCGACCCAGAAACCCAGUGACGAAGCCGGCGAGGACUAUCGGUACUUUCCUGGCGAGCUCGCCGUCGAAGAGAAUACAUCGAAGCGGUCCAAGUACCGAAUCCAUGUUCCUGAGAACGGUCGCAAAUAUCCCGAUAUGGUCUUCACCCAGACUCAACAUGGCCUCGACGAAGAUCCCACCAAGUUCCGCGGCGCCAUCUGGAAGCGACCUCCUGCUCCUGUCCAGCAGAAUCUCGGCGGUAUAGCAAAUGCAAAUGGCGUUGCGAAGUCGGUCGCACCACGACCAGUACUCAAGAACAUUGGCAGCUACUUUCAAGCUCAAGGCGCGGCGCACACUGGCCAAGAGGACGAUGCUGCACUUGCUGCCCGAUUGCAGGCAGAGGAGGAUGCUCUGGCCCGGCGGCGAGGAGACGACAACAGACCACUUUAUGACAUGACCCAGGAUCUGGACGAUUUGCCUUCCGAUGCCUUCUCAUCCUCAUCCCCCGAAAAGUCGCCCAGGAAGAACGCAAUAGAGCUAUCGUCUCAGCCUACGCAGGCGCACUACCAAAGACCGGCCGGCCUUCGUGGGCCGCAGACUGGGCUCAAGCAAUUGACGAUAUUUGGCCAGCCUGCUACACAGGAUCUGACUGCUUCGCAGCAAGCAGCAAAACGACACGCUUGGCCAUUGGCAGCGAGAGACGAGGCCCCUACCCAUCACAAGCUCGACCAAGAAGCCAUGAAGUCGUGGGUGUAUCCAACGAAUCUUGGCACUACCCGUGACUACCAGCACAAUAUUGUAUCACGAAGCUUGUUCCACAACACUUUGGUGGCCUUGCCCACAGGUUUGGGAAAAACGUUCAUUGCGGCGACGGUCAUGCUCAACUAUUACCGCUGGACUACGAACGCUCAAAUAGUGUUCAUGGCGCCCACCAAGCCGUUGAUUGCUCAACAGAUGGAAGCUUGCUAUGGUAUCGUUGGCAUCCCAAAGCGCGACACAGUACUGAUGACGGGAGAGACAACGCCGGCAGUGCGUGCUGAUGAGUGGCUGGAGAAGCGAGUAUUCUUCAUGACGCCUCAAACAGUGAUCAACGAUCUCAAGACUGGCAUUUGCGACCCGAAAAAGCUCAUACUGCUCGUGGUUGACGAAGCUCACAAAGCCACUGGAGGCUACGCGUACACUGAGGUCAUUGCGUUCAUGCGACGCUUCAACAGCAGUUUUCGAGUACUCGCUUUGACCGCUACACCAGGCUCCAAGGUCGAGGCUGUCCAGGCUGUUAUUGACAACCUCGGCAUUGCUCGCGUGGAACUACGGACGGAACAAUCACUCGACAUUCGACAGUACACACAUGAAAAGCAGACCGAGACGGAAGUAUUUGACUUCAGUCCUGAGCAGGGACGUAUAAUGGAACUGUUCGCAAAAGCAUUGAAACCAUCAGUGGAUAAGCUCUCGAGUCAAAACGCAUAUUGGUCGAGGGAUCCGAUGAAGCUCACUGCUUACGGAUUGACGACCGCCCGUCAGAAAUGGAUGCAGUCAGACGCAGGCCGAAAGGCGCCGCAGCCGGUCAAAGGUAUGAUGAACGCUAUCUUUACUGUGCUGUCCAGCUUGGCACACAGCAUUGGUCUGCUCAAGUUCCACGGCAUUGGUCCAUUCUACUCCGGUGUGAUAGCAUUUCAAAAGGAGGUAGAGAGUGGCCAGACCAAAGGCAAGACCGCUACUGGCAUUGCCCAUUCCGAACAUUUCAGCACAAUGAUGACGACGAUGCGAACAUGGACUAAUGAUUCAAACUUCGUUGGCCAUCCCAAGCUGGAAUAUGUCCGUGAGGUCGUUCUCAAUCACUUCCUGGACGCUGGUGAAGGAAGACAGGGCAGCGAUGUGCCUCCCAGUGCGACCAGAGUGAUGAUCUUCGCCAGCUAUCGUGACAGUGUGGAGGAGAUCGUGCGCGUCUUGAAGCGAAACGAACCCAUGAUACGACCACACGUCUUUGUUGGUCAAGCAGCCUCCAAAGGAUCCGAAGGCAUGGACCAAAAGAAGCAGAAUGCUGUGAUUCAGGACUUCAAGAGUGGCAAGUUUAACACUCUGGUGGCUACAUCCAUUGGCGAGGAAGGUCUUGACAUUGGAACUGUCGACUUGAUUGUGUGUUACGAUGCAUCAUCCUCACCAAUACGAAUGCUGCAGCGUAUUGGCCGUACUGGCCGCAAGCGAGUUGGGCGUGUAGUGCUUCUCUUGAUGAAGGAGAAGGAAGAGAACGAUUAUGCCAAAGCUCAGGACAAUUACGCAUACAUCCAAAAGUCGAUCGCGGAUGCAACAAAGUACGCAUAUCGCGAUGACCAAAGCCCACGCAUCCUACCGAGGGAAGUUAAGCCAGUGUGCGAUAAGAGACCUGUCGAGAUCCCGGUCGAGAACAGCCAAGCAGUAGACCCGAACGAGAAGGGUAGACGGGCGAAAGGUGGACGCAAAGCAAAGCGUCCGCCGAAGAAGUUCCACAUGCCUGAUAACGUGCGAACAGGCUUUGUGACCGCCUCCAAGCUGGACUCGGAGAGUGAUGAGCCGGGGAAAGGUUUCAUUGUCCCGGGGAAGAAGGUGGUGAGGAAGAAGUCAGUCCUCGUCAAGGUUCGUUCGCCGUCGCCAUCACCUGAGCCAGAAGCUGCCACACUGCCAUCUCUUCCUAGCGUCUUCUUGGAGGAUGGUUUGCUGCAGGAGCUUCUGGAACGAUAUGCUCAGACAGCUGGGGUGGAGGGCGAUGGCAUUAUCGCGCCCCCGAACGCAUUGCGCUUCCCAGAGAAGUAUCGUAGUCUUGGGCCCACCAAGCAUGUUCGACAUGGCCGUGCCGCUCGACUUGUAGAAAAUGCAAUGAAGGCAAUACACGGCGUUGAUGCCGAAAGUGUGAGCCGCAUGGAGGCAGCUCUGCAAAUGAGUGAUCUCGAAGAUGCGGGACCCGCCCGUGUACGUCUAGUCAGUCCAGAGCCCGAGGGACCCGCUACAGCUCGCAUCGUGCCAGACAUCACAGCCGGGAAGAAACCACCUAUUCGUGUACGGCUGUCUGCCACUGCUCCAAAGCCUCGAGGUCGACCUAGGAAGGCUCCUCCACCACCGCCAGAUCCAGCGGCAUCGGACUCAGAACCCGAGCUACCACGACCACCUCCACUCGCACCGCCUGCAAUACAGGUCGAGAAACCCCGAGGCCGACCCAGGAAGAAGCAACCGUUACAGCGCGCUGUGUCGUAUGGCUCUGCUGCUGGCGAAGGCGCCGAUUCGAGUCCUGAACCAACACCAGCGGAUAUGCGUAUUGGCACACAAGGCAUAGACCUUGGCUCUAACGACACGAGUGGCGAGGAUGACGAGGAAGAACCCGACAGCGACGACUUGGCUUUCAUGGCACAUACUAGCGACCCUAUUGAGAUGGCAAGCUCUUCACAGCCCGCCACUCCCGCCACUCAGAAGCGACGUGGUCUCAAGAAGAAAACCCUGCCUCCAGCAGCAACCUUACUUCCAGUAGAGGAUAUCGAUGAAAGUGACAAGGAGUCUGCCAUGAUUGUAGAUGACGACGAUGAGCCUGUGGUCAGAAGGCGGAAAAGAGUCGUGGCUGACAGUGAUGAUUCAGAUGAGUAA